GUAUAUAUGUAUGUAUUUCCAGGGGUGACUCUGCUAUCUAUGGUUGCCGUGUCUGGGUCCAACACGCCCACGCCCACCUCCCUCGCGCCCACGCCACGCCCGACGCCCACGCCCGUCUCCACGCCCCUGGCCGGCCUAGUCCCCAGCCACGCCGUCCUGAACCAGUACCGCGCCCUCUGUGUGCAACAAAAAGACGGCGCCUUGGCGGGAGCGCUGCCCCCUGUCUUAGCCGCGGGGGGGCAGCUGGUGACCCCCCUCCCCCAGCCGCUACCCCCGGGGGAGGCCACACCGCCCCCCGCCCUCUCCGUGCUGGUUGACCGGGGGGGCGCGACGCUCCCCCUGGUGAACGGCGUGCACCCCCACACCCCCGAGGAAGCAAGAGGGGCAGGGGGUGACCAGGGGGGGCGGUGGCGGGGGGAGGAGAGCUGGGGCAGAAGGGAUGAUGAAGGAGGGGGGGAGGGCGGGGGGCGGGGGAGGCACAUUCUACCCCCCCAGGUCCCCCCACGACCCCCGGAAUCUCAUAUUUGGGGGGCGGGGGGCAGGAAGGACGCCCCCCAUGCCCCCCACGGCCCUCACACACCCCUGGGCCAGCUGCUCCCCCUGCCCCCCCUCACCCCAUCCACCCCCCCAGCCGCUCAUGAGAUCAGAACGACACACACACUGGACCCCAGGCCGCCCCCCCUGCACCCCCCGGCGUCGCCCCCCACGCCCCCCCAGGACCUGAGGACGCACCCCACUCCCAGCCUGACCCCCACUGACCUUCGGGUACACCCCCCACCCCACCAGCCCCCCCAGCCGCCCCCCACUAUCCCCUCCCUACAUAUAGUGCCUGGUAAACACCCCAUCACCCCCCUCUCCCCCCACAAGGGAAGGACACCCCAGUGGGAGGAGGAGGAGGAGGAGGAGGAGGAGGAAGAGGAGGAGGAAGAAGAGGAGGAGGAAGAGGAAGACUCGAUGACGAAGGAAGAUGAGGAGAAGGUGGAAGGAGAAACAGAAGGAAGAGGAAGAAGAGGAGAAGGAAGAGAAGAAGAAGAAAGAAGAGGAGGAGGAGGAGGAGGAGGAGGAAGAAGAGAAGAAAACUCCACCACCACCACCACCACCACCACCACCCUCAUUACCACAGGGGGGGGACCAGGGGGGGGCGCCAUCCCCGUGGGUAUUGCUGUGGCCCGCCAACGCCCCGACCCCCCGCCCCCCUCACGCCCCCCGGAGGACCCCCCAGCCAUCUCCAGGGGCACCAGCAGCUCGCCCCCCGCCCCCCUCGCCCCCCACUGGCCCCUCCCCCCCACCCCCUGCUCCCCCGCGACCCCUUUCUGGCUCACACAAAGCCAGUUCGCAGGCGUGGGCGUGGACGCGGGCGUGGGUCUGGGAUAUCAGCUGGCGCGGGACCGACUCACGGGACAUAUCUACAUCCUGCCCCACGCCCAGCCGCUUACAGAACCCGGUGGCCACGGCCUGGUGUGGGCCGCCGCGGGGUACGGCGCGGCGCCCCCCGUGGUGCUGCCGCCCCACCAGCUGCUGCUGCCGCCCCCCGAGGCGCACCACUACCGCGGGCUGCACCACCACCACCACCACCACCACGCCCCGCACCACGCGGCCGCCGCGCUGCUGCACCUGCCGCACGCCCACGCGCCGCCCAUCAAGCGGGAGGACACUCCCGCCCACGCCGCGCCGCCCACGCCCGGCGAGGAGGACCCCAAGGCGCACCCCGUCACCGUUGCGGGCGCGGCGCCCCCCGCGACGGCGGCCCCGGGCGGCGCCGUCACCCUGCGGCAGCUGGGGCCGCCGCUCCUCUACCCCCCCGCCCCCUACUACCUGCCCCAGGGGCCGCACCCCGUGCCCUUCCCCCUGCCGGCCUUCCCCCACCCCGCCCCGCGCCCCGCCGCAGCCCCGGACCUGGCAUCGCCCUGCAACGGCCUGCCUGAACUGACCGCCCCCCGGGGUUGCGGCUCCCCCGAGGCGCUGGCCAGCGAGACGCCCGCCGCGGAGCAGGGCGCGCCGCCCCCCGGGCUGCCCCAGGCCGCCGCGCUGGCCAUCAAGCAGGAAAUCAAGGAGGAGGCGCCCUCCCCCGCGGGGCCCCCCAGGGACGACGCCUGCACCCCCGGGGCGCCGCCCCCGGCCUCGCCCCCCGCUCACCACCACGCGCCCCAGCCCUCACCUGUCAAGCGGGAGAUGGUGGGGGGCUGCGGGGGCUCUCCAUGCCUGCCCCCCGCCUCCCGGCCCCCGCGGCUCCGCCCCCCGGGGCCCCGCACCUCCACCCCCGCCAAGGCUGCGCCGCCGCCCUGCCCUGGCUCCUUCACACCCCCGGGGCGGAAGUCACCCGGGCCGCGGCCCCGCCUGGGCCUGGCCUCGCCUUCCCCACCGGCGCUGUGCCCCGAGGCCGCACCAGACCAGCAGCAGCAGCCGCCCCGCUGCUGCGCCCCCCCGUCCCCGUCGCCCCAGGGCCAGCAGGAGGCCUCCCCCGCCCCGUGCCGAUUGUGCCCCGCGGGGCGGCACUGCCUGACGCCCCCGCCGUGCCUGAGCCCCGCCCCGCAGCCCCCCGCCACGCCCCCCGCCGCCGCCCUGGACCUGAGCGGCCUGGAGCUGCUGUGCCAGAGCGCCGCGGCCCACGCCCGGCCCCUGGCGCCCACCACCCCCGGCCCCGCCCCGGCGCCGGCCCCCGCCCCGGCCCCGGCCCCGGCCCCGUCCCGCCGCCACCCCCGCCACGCCGCCCUCCCCCGCCCCCAUCACCACCCCUUGCACCACCACCACCACCACCUACACCACACCCCCACCGCCCCCUCACCCCUCCCCCCCUCCCCCGCCCCGGCGCUGAGUCCCGCAUCGCCGCCGCGCCCCGCCCCGGGCAGCCCCGACCCCGGCAGCCCCGGCAGCCCCGCCAUGUCCGGCCUGCACGGCCUCAGCCUUCUGUGUGCCUUAGCGGAGCAGCGCAUCCUGGAGGAGGAGCAGGGGCGCCGCGCCCCCCCGCCGCCCAGGCCACCCACGCCCCUCUCGCCCCUCUCAUCCCUCGCCGCCGCCGCCGCCACCUCCCCCAGCGUGCCCACCGGGCCCCCGCCCCCGCCCCGACUCGCCCCAGUCUUCACCAGGGCGGCGGCGCCCCCGACCCCCCCCGCCGCCGCCACCACCACGGCCUCCCCCACCACCACCACCGCCACCACCACCAUCACCACCGCGGCGGCGGCCGUCAACACCGCCACCACGUGUGCGGUGUUCACCGCCACCAACGGCUGUCGUGCCUCCCCCGCCGCCGCCGCCCGGACCAGCAGCAGCAGGGGGGCGGCGCUGACCACCACCAUCACCGCCAGCAGCGCGCUUAGCGCCCUGGCCGCCUUCAGCCCGCCGUGCCCCGUCACGCCCGCCAAGGCAUCGGUGUGCCCCGGCACGCCCGGGCGCGCCCUGCCCUCCCCCGCCACGCCCGCCAAGGCGCCGUGCCCCGCCACGCCCGGGCGCGCGGCAGAGGCGCGGGACCACAGCCGCAGCUACAAGAGCCCGCAGAGCGAGCGCGAGGCCAAGGCCUUCAUCGCCACGCGCGCCGCGCAGCACCAGCGCGAGGCGUGCGGCGGCGGCGGCCCGGGGCGGGGCGGCGCGGGGCCGGGCGCCGCGGGGCUGGGGCGCGAUGUGAUGGACCCCGCGGAGCUGGACAUGCGCCUGCAGCUGGCGGAGCUGCAGCGACGAUACCGCGAGAAGCAGCGAGAGCUAUCCCGCCUCACGCCCCGCCGCGGGUCCGCCCCCGGGCCUGGCCCCGCCACCAGCCCCGCCGCCCCCACCACCCCCACCUCCACCGCCGCCGCCGUCACCCCCACCGCGGCCACCACGCCGCCUCGCCGCGGCCCCGGGAGGCCCCCCAAGCGGCGUCUGCACCACAAGUCCCCGCGCCCCGCGGGGCGCCGGAAGGCCGGCCGCCCCCCAGGCCGCAGCAACAGCAGCAGAAAAUCCCCCCAGAAGGAGUUAUCGCCGCCCGUGCUGGAGCGGGUGACGGAAGCCCCAACGGGGCACUGCGGGGCGGGGCGGGGCGGCACUCGGUCCAUCCUCAAACCGCCGGUGCUGACCGCCACCUUCACCACCACGCCCGCCGCCCUGCCCGCAAGCCCCGCCCACGGCCCCAAGGGGCGCGACGACUCGGGCGACGAGGCGACGGCGUCCACGGGGCGGCGGUGGUCGUGUUCCUCCGAGGACACGGCGCCGCCCACCCUGGGGCCGCCCUUCCAGUGCCCCGCCGUCGCCGCCGCCACCCCGCCGGAGCAGCGCGCCGCGUCGGGCCCCGAGGAGGCGGAGGAGGCGUGUGCGGCGCGCCGCGGCGGCGUCACGGCCGCGGCGGCCACGGCCGAGUCCUCGCCGUCAGACCUGGAGGCGGCGCCGCCGCUGUCGUCGUCGUCGUCGUCCUCGUCGUCGUCCUCCAAGAAGCGCAAGCCCGGCCGGCCCAAGAAACACUCGCCCAGCAAGGAGGACGCCACGGAGACCAUCGUGGCCAAGAAGCCCAAGGCCAUCACGCUGCACCUCCUGCACCACCACCACCACCACCACCACGCCAAGGCCAAGGUGCGCCCCACGCUGCGCCCUGAGCUCAAGGUUCGUGAAGGGGGGCAGGAGGACGAGGAGGCCCCUCCGCACCCCCACUACCCCCUGCAGCCCCCCCAGGACCACCACCACCACCACCACGGUCACCACCACCACCACAAUCAUCACCACUCCAACACCGACGCAGAGGAGGAGGAGGAGGAGAGGAAGAAUAUCAUGACCAACGGAGAAAGAGGAGAAGGAAGAGAUCGCGAUGAUAGAGGAGAAAGAGGAGGAGGAGGAGGAGGAGGAGGAGGAGGAGAAGAGAAAGGAGGAGGAGGAGGAAGAGACAGCGACAGAAGAAGAGAGAGAGAAAGAGAAGGAGACAGAGAGAGAGACAGAGAUCGCAACACCACCUCAACACCACUAUCACCACCACCACCACCGCCGCCCACACCACCAGUCACGGGGGGAGGGGGCGUGGGGGUGGUGGUGGGGGUGAGGAAGAGAGGAGGGGCGGGGGGCGUGAGGGGUCGCGGCUCCCUCACACGAAGAGCAAUGUUGAGAGACAAGGAGAAGAGAAAAAGUGCAGCAGAGAAGCAACUGACUAUGGAAGCACUCUACAGGUCCCUCAAGAAGCACUCAACCCUGGCAGCCCCUGAGCAUGACGAGUCCGAGGAUGAGAAGGAGAAGGAGGAGGAAGGAAGAGAAGAAGGAGGAGGAAGAGGGGGAAGAAGAGAAGGAAGACUAGCCACCUCUACCUCUUCUUCAAUCACCUCUUCUUCCUCUAAUCUGAUUGACUGCAGUGCCACGACUACCACUACUACUGCUACUACUACUACUUCUACUACUACUACUACUACUGCAAGUUCUGGUGUGGUAGUAAUUUCAUCACCACUUUCAUCACCAAUUUCAUCACCAUCUACCACUUCUACUACUGGUGCUACUACUACUACUACUACUACUGAUACUACUACUACUACCACUGCUACUACUACUGCGACUACUGCUUCUGAGGAUAGUCCAGAGGAGGCAUCUACUACUACUACUUCUACUAUUGCUACUACUACCCCUACUAUUACUACGACUAUGGCAGCUGUCUCGUCUACUGCAACUACUACUACUACUACUACAACUACUGCUGCUACUACUACUACUACUACAACUACUACUACAUCUGAUGCCCCCAAGUCGGUCAUUCAAUCCCCUGAGCCCAGCGUGUGUGUGGUUGAGGUUGGAGACUUGGUUGACAAGGCUCGGGUGCUGGUGCUCCAAGAUGGACUCCUCUACGCUGGCUGUGUUGUGCCGAUCACUCCACCCGACGUCUAUGGGGUGGUCAUGGAUGGAGAGAGGGGGUCACGGCCUCAUAUAUACUGCCGGGAGGAGCUGCUGGAACAUUCGUGGAAGGAGGUCAAGCCAGGCACUACAAGGUUUCUGGAGGAAGGAACAAGAGUCUGUGCUUUCUGGUCCCAGCAAUAUCGCGCCCUGUACCCUGGCUCCAUCGCCCCCUCCUCGUCGCCCGCCCAUGAAGCCAGCCAUAACUUCGUCAAUGUGGAGUUUGACGACGGAGACGCUGGCAAGAUACACGUUGAUGACAUCCGCCUCCUGCCCCCGGAGUUCCCCGUCCAUGAAUAUGACCCCAACCCCCUGAUGAGCCUCAACAGGAGGAAGAGGAGGCCCACAGGGGAGGGAGGGGACACCAGGGAGCCCCGGAGGAAGAAGUCAAGGAGCGGAGGAAAGGAGGAGGAGGAGGAGGAGGAGGAAGAGGAGGAGAAGAAGGAUAGCGCGACCAUAGCCACGAACACCACUAAUAAGAGGAAGAAGAAGAAGAAGAGGAGUAAAAAGGAGGAGGAGGAGGAGGAGGAGGAAGAGGAGGAGGAAACGGAGAAGGAGAACAAGAGAACGACGGCCAACGUGCGGAGAAGACGGAAGGAGGAAGAGGAGGAAGAAGAGGAGGAGGAGGAAGACUGUAAAGGAGGAGGAGGAGGGGAAGAGGAGGAGGAGGAGGAGGAGGAGGACAAGGUAAAUAAUGGAGAUGUGUGUGACUCCCCCUCCCCCCCCCCUAAUACAGGCGACCACCACCACCACCAUCGCCACCACCACCACCACCACCACCAUCACCACCACCACCACCAGCGCACCUCCACCACCACCACCACCACCACCACCACCAAGAGGGGCGGCCACAAGAGGAGGAGGAGGAGGAGGAGGAGCAGCACCACCACCACCAGCCGCUCCACCACCCCCCCCUCCACCCCCCUGACCCUGACCCCCACCCCCACCCCCCCGCCACCCCCCACCCCCCCGCCCUCCCCCGCCCUCAAACACAAGACCAGACGGAAACGGGUCAAGAAACAUCACCUCCAGCCCCCCCCUGACCCCCCCCACAAGCCCCCCCACACCCCCCACAUCGACCUGACCCUCCGGUUGAAGCCCCCCGGGGUUGUCCAGGGGGGGUGGGGGGCGACGACCCCCUACCAAGAGGAGGAGGAGGAGGAGGACGAGGAGGAGGGGGGUGAGUCCGCCCCCCCUACCACCCCCACCACCCCCUCCACCCCCACCACCUCGGGGGGGGAGACGGAGGGGGGGGGCAGCGACAGCGAGUACACCCCCAGGAAGGAUGUGGGCAAGGGCGGCGGAGCUAGGAGGAAAAAACGACACCCUUCCGGCAAGUCGAAAAUAGCGCCCUUCCUGCCUGAACGUCACUUGUGGAGGUGGUACGGGAAGGGCUUCAAGAGGCCCGGCGCCAAGGGCAAGGGCAAGAAGGAGUACUUCAAGGCCAUUGUCAGAGGGAAGGAGAUGAUCAAGGUCGAGGACUGCGCAGUGUUCCUGUCUGCCGGCCAGCCUGACCAGCCCUACAUAGGCCGCAUAGAACACAUGUGGCAGAGUUGGGGCGGCAACAUGGUGGUCAAGGUCAAGUGGUUCUACCACCCCCAGGAGACCAAGGGCCUGGGGCGCCGGCUGACGGAGCCCAAGGGCGCACUCUUCCAGUCCCCGCACACUGACGAGAAUGACGUGCAGACAAUCUCCCACAAGUGUGAGGUCGUGGCGCUGUCCGAGUACAGGCAGCGGCGGCGGGAGCUUGAGAGGCGCUACGGGCCCGGCCAGGAGCAGGAGGACCUGUACUACCUGGCCGGCUCCUACGACCCCAUCAGCGGACACAUUGCCAUGGAGCCGGGCGUGUCCUGAGCUGGGAGGGUGCCGAGGGGUGCCGAGGGGUGCCAGGGGGUGAUGCGGAGGUGUGGAAAUGGCUGAUGAUUUUGGGGUUGUUGUGACGGAUGUGUGUGAGAGAGAGAGAGAGAGAGAGAGAGAGAGAGAGAGAGAGAGAGAGAGAGAGAGAGAGAGAGAGAGAGAGAGAGAGAGAGAGAGAGAGAGAGAGAGAGAGAGAUUGAC